UAUGCCUCGCAUCGAUACCCAGAAAACAGGAGGAAGGAAUUUCGAAGAAGGAAAACGACAGUUACUCACGAGAAACAAAUCGGACUGCGGAUUAAGCUCACCAGAGAAUGACAACGAAUUGUUUAUCAAUAAACACGGACAACAACGAAGGGUAUCUUAUUGUACAACUGUAUCACUAUGUGGUGAGGGUCCACUACAAUUUGCUCACAUUAAAGACGAAGAAGAAGUAAGAUAUUCUAUAAUCAAAAACCAUUAA